CCCCAAGCUGAUUACAACUAUGUAUAACAUCCGAGCGAGCCACUGGCUAAGGCUUUGCCUUGCUGCUUCAGGCCUGGCUUGGACUCUGUGCGUUUGUUUCCUUGCGUGGAAAUGCCUGUUGGUUGAUGCGAGAAUCUAUCAUCUUAACCCCGCAUUGCUGUCCUCGGGAGUAGGUUCUCCAUCAAUACAAGAAGCAACAGCUGCACAGGCAAUGGCUACAGUCCCAAGAAAGAGGCUGCUCCGACUCCUCGAGAGUCCAAUACUCUUUGCCGGUACCAAAAGCAAUAUAGCAAAAAGUUAGACCCACAAUACUAGACCAUGGAGAUCGCCGAAAGAUCACCGCUCAUAUUAGAAGUAGAAAAGUGAUUGAUCUCGCUCGAUGAAGCCAGAGAUAGCUUUAAAUGUGCCCGCCGCCCUGGUAAGACGUAAUUGGCGCCAACAUGACACCGACAUCAAGCUGCAGGUUUGGCAGGCAUGUGUUACAUUGACAUGGUCAUGGUCUCGAGCGUUGGCAUCUGACACGCAGCUGGCUGAAAAUAAAAAGGACAAGGCUGAAAGCUAGGCUACGGAACCCGGGCGCCACAAUGAGGCUGCGGC